CAACAUUUACUUCGUGUGACGUCAGUUUCGCUGCGCAUUGAUCACUGUUAUCUUGCCAACUUGUUUAUUUAGCGUGCGUUUUGGACCGGUUGCUUUUUAAUCUCUCCAAUCGAUUCUAACGGAUUUUGAAUUUUGAAUACUGAAAUUUAAAUAUUAAUUUUUUGCCACACCAUUAUAAUUAGGUAAUGCAUUAUUAAUGCUGAGAAGUUUCAUUUUAUUUUAUUUAUAAUGCUCACAUUUGUUAUCUUGUUCUUCUUUUUAUUAUUAGGUGUAUGUAAAUAAUAUUCCAUAAUAUUUUACAAAAUGAAUAGGGAAAGACGUUUUGGACGGCGCAGUGUUGUACAAAAUCUCGUGAAACUUACUCCGGAAAUCGAGAACGGUAAGUAAUUCCACACAUUUUAGUAUUAUAUUUUUUUUUUCACAUAAUAUAAUUCAUUACUAAUUAGGUACCUAUUAGUUUACCUAUUUUCGAAAUAUUGGAAUAUUUUAAAAACUAAGAACAAUUGUUGAUAGAAAUUAACCUACAUAACUUGCUAUUUUAGAAUUCAAUUACAUAGUUUUAAGAAAAUUACUUCUGUUGAUUUUCACCUAUAUUCUGCUAAUUCUACUGUAUUGAGGUUCCUCAUUUCUUGCUGCCAUAGCUGGACACAUGGCCUCUGCAAAUUUCCUAUCAAUUUAUUUCUUUUGAAAACAAGUGUAAAUUUUUAUUGGCUGGCUUUUAUAAUAGGAUGCAAACGAUAAGACAAAAAUUACAAACUUUGAAAGAAUCCUUAUUGUUAUAUUAAAAUUUAUUAUUAGAUAUAUUCCUGGAAAAAAACCAAUACACAUAUCAAACACUGAAGUCUUGUCUUUGUGCAACAUACAAUCAGGUACUCAUCACUGUGUAGAUCACUUCUUGAGGGCUCUAAUUUGUAUUGACACAUAAUAUCAUUCAUACCUAUUUUCCAUGAAUAUUUUGUUGGAGACAUUAGGUUAGGUUAAAGAAAAUUAUCAGAUAUAUCAGGGGUCGCCAACUAGUUGAUUGCAAUUGAUUGGUCAAUCUUUCUAAGAAUAUAGGUCGAUUGCGAAUAAAAAUUAAUUUUACCAUUAUUGGAACAUGCAAGUACUCAAAAAUACCUAAAUCUACAAAGCAUUAUUCUUCGUUUAACUUCAUUGUUUGGCUCAACUUGGUUAUGUGAGUCAACAUUUUUUUGUAUUUCAUACUUCAAAAUCAAAUAUUGUUCAAAAACUACAAACAGUAAUUUGGAUUCAAGUUUACAGGUAACUGUUAGUAAUUAUAUACUAAAAUUUUCAAAACUUUCAGAAAACCAAUGCCAGGUAUCACAUUAAUAAGCUUACAUUUUUUUUACUUUUUCUCAUAUACUAUUAAAAUAUCAGAUUAUUUUUAUUAUUAUUAUAAUAAAAAAGAAACAAUAAAUAAUUAUUCUUUAGACCUUUUUUUUUUUUUUGCUCAUCAAAAAAAUCUAUUCGAUCUAGAUUUGAUGUUGAUUAUUAGAGAUUUGAAAUUUUGAAUUUAACUUACUUAAUUGAAAAGGUUAGGUUAGGUUAAUGCUAAUUUGUACAUUUAUUUAAUUUCUGUCAUUAAAUUGUUUGAGUCAUAAUAUUAAUAGAGUUAGAAAGGCUUUCAAAAUAACAUUUAUUAACUCUUUUAAAUUUUUGUUUGAGUUCUUGUUCUUUCAUAAAAAAAAAAAUUAAAAUGUGAUUCACCGGGUAGUUUUUUUUUAAAUUUUUUAAUAUGACAUUUUUUUAGCAUUUCAAUAAAGAAACUCAAAUUUGAUUAAUGGAGUGUUCAAUAUUUAUUGAAAAGUUACUUGAAAUUUUAGUAUAAGUAGUUUAAUUAAUUAACUAAUUUAAUUAAUAUUUUAAUUUUAAUGUAUGAAGUAUCUAGUAUAUAAAUACAUAAAAAAACAUGUCUUGUAUUGUAAUACAUUUUACAUAAGUACCUAUCUAGAUAUUUAAAAUCUAGUAUCGAGUUUUUAUAUACUAAAUUUGAAACAUCUUACCCAUCUUUUAUUCCUUAUUGUCAUACUCACUCAUACACACAAAGGUACCUAUAAAAAAAUUAUUUAAGGAACAGAAUCAAGUUUUGUUUGAUUUUGAUACGAAAUAUUUUCUUUGUUUAUAAUAAUUUUUAUUAAGUAUCUAUUAUCUACUUAUAUUUUAAAAUAUAAAGGUACAUUUUUAUAUUUGACUUUGCAUUAAUUUCAAUAAUUUGUAUUAUCUAUUUAUUUGUUUGGUAUGUAUAUAUUUUAGAAGAAAAAGUUUCAAAUGGCGCCAAAAAAGCUUUAUUUAAUGAUGAUGAACCUUUUUUAUUGAGACGUAGUACUUUGAAGCCAUUACACGAGGUUGGUAUACUAGGGGUAUAUAAAUAGUUUAUAGCCAAUGAUUAAUAAUAUUUUUUUAUUUAUUUUCAGAUUAAUAAUUUCCAUUAUUCUUCGUCGAAAUCAAAAAGUCAUGAUACUCUUCAUGAAGAAAACACUUUUGAAGUACCAAAAUCAACAUAUAUAUCUAUGAAAAAUAAGGAUGACAUACUUUUAUCACCAAUUAGUAAAACUGGACUCCUUGAUAUAAAUAAACAUAAGAGGGAAUUUAGUGAACCCGUAUUACAAUCUAAUGAACUGUACCACUCUUUAAUCGAUUCACCUUGUACUAAAUUAGAAAAAGUAAAUUUUAACAAUGCAUUAUCUUCUGCCACUAAAUAUUUAUUAAGCCGUCACUUAGAAUCUGUAAACCAAAAUACUAACAUAUUUCAAGAAAAAACUAGUGUAUAUUCAACCGACAAAAAUUAUUUGAAUGAAUUUAAAACUCCAAAUUUAAUAGAUUUAAGUACUAUACCAAAGGAAAGAAUUCAUCAAACUGAUUGCCAAACUCAAACAUUAAAUACGCCUGUGUUGACUGAAGAGAUUGAACAACAAAAGAAAAAUGAAAUUGACGACAUCCGACAAACUAAAUUACAAUGCUGUAAUUUAAUAAGAAACCGGUUCAAAGAAAUUGAACUAGAAAUUGAAAAAAAUUUUGGUGUUUUAGAAAACAAAGUUACCGAAAACUAUGAUAAAUUGUUGAAGAAAGUUUAUGAUGCAAAAAAUGACAGUGAUGAAUCUCAGGCUUUAGACAAUAGUGUGGUAACUGUGAAAGAAGAUAAUACUGCGAAAGAAAAAAACUAUACUAGAAUGACUGGUGCUUUUGGAGUUCUUAACAAUUUAAAUAAGGAAUGCAGUUUUUUGAAAACCCCUAAAGCUAAAGGAGGUAAAACUCGUGAAGAAAUGUUGAAACAAGGCACUCUUACACCAGGCACGAUGUCAUAUGUAUUACAAGAACAAUUAAUGCAUCUUAAUAGCAGUUCAUAAAGUAAUAUACAAAUUUAUAUAAAUAUAUAUAAUGUUUCAAUAAUGAUAUACUGAUAUUGGAGAAAUAACUUCAGAUAGUUAAUUUUUUCUUUUAAUUUCUAUGCAGAUUUUACUAUUUUCUUCUUUAUAAGAGAAACAGUAGGGCAUUUACAAGGUAAUUUUCAGUCCGUGCUUUUUAAAGUCUAUUGGACACCCAGUAGAAUAUGAUUUUGGUUAUUGUGUGACAACUAUUAAAUAAAUUCUAAAUAGUUGAAGAAAUAUAUUUUGAUAAGAAAUAAUCUUGUUGGUAUGGGGAGACAUAACUGGGAAAAGUUUGGUUUAUUUGCUCUUGAAGAUUUUUUGACGGAGGAGUAAACAUGCAUUGAAUAUAGACUAUAAAAUGGCACUGCAAUAUUUUAAUAAUUUGUAUAUAUCAAAUAUAUUCUAAUACAAUUUUAAAAUACUAGUUACCUCAACUAAAUAAUAUAUUUCUAUUUGUAUAGUACAUAGAUUGUUCAUACAUUCAAAUUGUAUAACUACAAUUUAUCUAUUCUUUUUAAUUUACAAAAAUGUUCAUUAUUUGUUGUUUGAAUAAAUGUAUAUUAGUUGUAAUUAUUUAAUUGUCUAGGAUAUUCUUACCAAUAAAAUCUGAUUGUGUACAGUUUAUAUUUUUAGAAACAAGACUGUAAGUUUUGGUAAAUUUGGUAAAACAUUUUAAAAUUAUCACAUGCAUCAUUGUCAAUCAAAAUAAUAUGCAUUGUUAUGGAUAAUUUUAUGUAAAUAAACUGAAUUAUUUACUGUUAAUAUUGAUAAAACCAUUUGUAUUUGUAUUAAUCAUUAUACUUAUGUUUACAUACCUGCAAAAUAAAUAUCUAAUAUUGGAAUUGUAUAUAAAUAAAUAUAUAUAAAAAAAGGUUAUAUAUGAUUUAGUUAUAGCUAUAAGUUUUUAUAUAUAAUAAGUAUUCAAUAUUUAAUUAUUACUUAUGGAUUAAUUUUCUGUUUCAGAAUUGCAUCAAUUAUGAAAAGUGGAAACGUAAUUCAUCAUUUAAUAUUGUAUUUAUUUAGAUACAUAUUGACUUAUUAUUUCAAUAAAAGUAUAUUGUUUGUAAUAAAAUUAAAAAAUUAUAUAUGAUCAAUUUGUAUUAAUAUAAAUGUAAAAUAAAUUUGUC